GUGUCGAAGUGGCCGGCUCUUGAACCGUGCCCCAGCCCGGGCCCCAGGACAGCUGAGUCCACACAGGAGGACAUCUUUUGGGAAGAAGGGCCUCGGUUUUAAAAAAACAAAAUCACCCGUGAUUUCUUCUUCUUUUAGCUUUUUUUUUUUUUACCCCCCCCCAAACAGCAGGAGAGAAGUGGAGCUUGGAAGAGACGGAGCGAUGAGUCCUGAGCACUGCAGCUCGGGGAAGACACGACACAACACACACCUGAAACUAUAACUGAAGGAAACACACACGACUACUGGGAGCGCACACACACACACACAAAGGAGGAGGAAAAAAAAGGGAGGCCCGGGGGGACUUGGAGGAGCACCAGCCGCUGUCCGUCCGUCCAGCCAGCAGCGAUGCCGGGCCUGAUGUGGAGCCUGUGCGCCCUGCUGUGCCUCUCCCUCUGGGAGGAAAGUCACUGCAGGAGCUCCAGGGAAGCCCGGAGGACCAAAGGGCCUCCGCUCGUCAGGAGCAAAAGAGCCCCCAUCGACCCCGAUGGCAAGAAGUGCUCCUACACCUUCCUCGUACCCGAGCAGAGAAUCACAGGUCCAAUCUGUGCCAGCACCACGGGCCCGGAGCCGGACAAGGACAGAGUGACCCGCGUGGACAUCGCAGAUGUGCGGGAGGUGCUCGGCAAACAGCGGCGCGAGAUCGAGACGCUGCAGCUGGUGGUGGACGUGGACGGCAACCUGGUGACCGAGAUGAAGCUGCUGCGGAAGGAGAGCCGGAACAUGAACUCCAGGGUGACCCAGCUCUACAUGCAGCUGCUGCAUGAGAUCAUCAGGAAGAGAGACAACUCCCUGGAGCUGGCCCAGCUGGAGAACCGCGUCCUCAACGUGACCUCCGACAUGAUGCGGCUGGCGUCGCGGUACAAGGAGAUGGAGGCCAGGUUCUCCGUCAUGGCCGGCGUGGUCAACAACCAGUCCGUCCUCAUCUCCGCGCUGGAGGAGCAGUGUCUGAGGGCGACGGGGCGCGGCGAGCUGCCCGUGGUGCCCCCGCUGGUGCAGGUGGUACCGGAGAAUCUACCGGUUAACAGCGGGUUCACCAACGAGAUACAAAGGGACAAUAACAACCGGGCCUUUGCCAGAGGAUCCCGCAUGGAGCCCCCGACCGAGAGCCCAUUUGGGAUCAACCCUCCGCCGCCACAGGGAACGCUGACCUCUGAUGGUCCCUUCAAAGACUGCUACCAGGUGCGACAGUCCGGACACAGCGUCAGCGGGAUGUACCUGCUGAAGACCAACGGCAGCGAGCGGCUGAUCCAAGCCUGGUGCGAACACGGACUGGACAACGGGGGAUGGACCGUGUUGCAGAGGAGGAGAGACGGCUCGGUGAACUUCUUUCGGAACUGGGACAACUACAAGAAAGGCUUCGGGAACAUCGACGGUGAGCACUGGCUCGGCCUGGACAACAUCUACAACCUGGGGAAACAGGGCGACUACAAGCUGAUGAUCGAGCUGGAGGACUGGGUGGGGAAGAAGGUGUACGCCGAGUACAGCAGCUUCCACCUGGAGGCGGAGAGCGAGGGCUACCGGCUGAGGCUCGGCACCUACCAGGGGAACGCCGGGGACUCGCUCAGCAGCCACAACGGCAAACAGUUCACCACGCUGGACCGGGACAAGGACGCGUUCUCCGGUAACUGCGCCCACUUCCACAAGGGCGGCUGGUGGUACAACGCGUGCGGCCAGACCAACCUGAACGGCGUGUGGUACAGCGGGGGAGUCUACCGCAGCAAGUUCCAGGACGGGAUCUUCUGGGCCGAGUACGGGGGCGGGUUCUACUCCCUCAAGUCUUCGCGCCUCAUGAUCCGACCGAUCGACUGAGACGGCCGGCUCCCCGUCAGACGCACCUCGGUGUCCCUCCUCAUCUUCAUCGACCCACAAAACCAAAAGACUGUAGAAAGGCAGAAUCCAGGAAUCUGCCCCCCCCCCGCCCCCCUCCCCCCACACGAGGAGGUGGCAGGAGUUCGUGGCCAGACUAUAACGACCCCGGCGGUCCGCGGGGUCGACGGCGAGAUGAAGACCGAUGGCGCCGCCCUCCUGGUCUUGGGACCAUCCAGUGUUGCUCUCACGUGUCCCAUUUUACUCACUCUUGUAUGUUAUAAAAAAGAAAAGGGAAAUGGUCAGUUACUUAAAAAAGACAAGAUUUCUUCCGAGCAGCUAACGGGAACUUUUUUUUGAAGAUGUGCUGGAUGUUUAACCACAGCAUGAAGCGUGUAACGCCGUGUUGCCGAGCGGUUCGAGGACAAACCGACCGUCUAGCGGCUUCUGGGUUUGGUCUGGGACUUGGGGUGGGGGCAUUCCUUUGACCCCAGCAUUGAACCUUACCGGUGUGCAUAUCGCGAGCUGGCUUUGGUAUGUAAAUAUCUUUUUGGCUUUGUUUGUAAAAGGUAAUUUAAGAGGUGAAUGUUCACAAUGUUGUAACUCUGCCAUUCUUUGUUAUUUAUCAGUGUAUUUAUAGUAAAUAGUCAUUUUAUAUUCAGCCCUGUAACAAAACAAUGCCCAAUGUGUUUCCCCCCCUGCCAUGUAAGAGAUACAGUUAUCUCACUCACACACACUGCCCGUUUUCAUAAAAUAAAAUUCUUUUGUAAACAGA